UUGAUAAAAUCUGAGAAGAGAGAAAAGAAGAAAAAACAAAAAUGAAAAUGGUCGGAAGGAUCUUCCUCCUUUUCCUCUCCAUCCUCGUCACGGUGGUUAUCGCUGGAAAAGCUCCACCACCAACAUUCACGGAGACAGGCAAAGCCUUAGUUGAAAAACUCUGCGAGAAAUCCGAAGACAAAGCGUUUUGCAUUUCAAGUCUAACCUCACGUCCUGAGUCAGAAACCGCAAACGCUCCAAAACUCGGCGUGAUCGCGUUAAGCAUCGCGUCUACAAACGCUUCGGACACGUCUUUCUACAUCAAAUCGAAACUAAAACAAAGAAACCUCGAGCCAGCUUUGGAAGACACGCUGGACGAUUGUUCUAAGAAUUACUUAGACUCAGUCGCGCAGCUGGACGAUUCUCUCGCCGCUCUGCUCGCCAAUGCGUACAUCGACGUUGAUAUUUGGCUCAACACGGCUAUUAGCGACGGAGAGGCUUGUGAAGAUGCUUUGAGUGAACGUGCGGGAAAUGACGCUGAGCUUGCUCGUAGGAACACAAACUUCUUGAAGCUUUGCAAAGAUGCUCUUCUCAUCAACACUAUUUUAACUCCUUAAAUUUCAAAACUUGUUACCGAUUCAUUUAUUUUGGUUUGUUUGUUGUAACUUUUUUUUUAUAUAAAUGGCUUCGUUGUUGUGUGGGUUAAAUUAAACGGUAUUUGAAAACUUGUAUUUUGG